AUGCUCGAAAAUCCUGUUAUCGCUUCGGAAUUCAUGGUCUACCUUCGACAUCUCACUCGCAUUGCCAUUGAUUAUUAUGAGGAUCCUAUUCAGUUUAAUGUUACAUCAGACUCCAGUCCCGGAUUUCUUUAUCGAACAAUGUCGCGAUUCCCUCCAGAAAACCCGGAAUCUUUCGAGGACAUAUGCAAUGAUCUUAGGAGGAAAAUUUUGCCCGGUGUAUGCUGA